GCCUGUUGUUCCAGUUUGAGCAGCGUGUCUGAGAUAUACCGGUGCACUGCCCGAUUAGGAAAUAUAUGGGGGCCAUUCCCCGAAUAUGCAGUAGUACAGGGGCUCCCAAGGUAUAUAAAGCUCUCUGAUGCCGCCUGCGAUGUGGUUUUUGUUUCAUAGGCUCAACAGGCUUGGUCUUGAUUCUUAUCCGCUCUCUUCACUUACUUUCCUUCACUUUAUUCUCUUCGCUCGUCAAGUCUGGUACUUGCUUUUCUCUCAACAUAACAAUCAUGAAGUUUCUUGCUACUCUCAUCGCCUCUGGCCUAUCUGGACUGGCCCUGGCUGCUCCUACCGCUACCCUCGACUCGUUGGAGAAGCGUGGCCCCAAUGAUGCUGCCUUUGGUUACGCCAGCUUGAACGGAGGCACCACCGGUGGUGCCGGCGGUACUACGACCACUGUCUCCUCAUACGCAGCCUUUACUGCUGCCGUUUCCAGCGACGCUAAGAAGGUGGUCUAUGUCAGCGGCCCCAUCACGCAGGCGGCCAAACAGGUCAAGGUUGGCAGCAACACCAGCAUCAUCGGCAAGGAUUCCACCGCUGUGCUCGAGGGAUUCGGCCUGCUGGUCAAGGAGAAGUCCAACGUGAUCAUCCGCAACCUGGGAGUCAAGAAGGUUCUGGCUGAGAAUGGAGAUGCCAUUGGCGUUCAAUACUCCAACAAUGUCUGGAUCGACCACGUCGAUGUCUCUUCUGACCGUGACCACGACAAGGACUACUACGACGGUCUGAUUGAUCUCACCCACGCCGCCGACUACGUGACCAUCUCCAACAGCUACAUCCACGACCACUGGAAGGCGUCCCUGGUCGGCCACUCUGACAACAACGGCGACGAGGACAAGGGCCACUUGCGCGUGACCUACGCCAACAACUACUGGAGCAACAUCAACUCCCGUGGCCCAUCCCUCCGCUUCGGCACCGGCCACAUCUACAACAACUACUACGAGAACGUCAGCGACGGCAUCAACACCCGCGACGGCGCCCAGGUCCUCGUCGAGUCUAACCAGUUCGUCGGCUCCAGCAAGGCCCUCUACUCCACUGACAGCGGCUACGCCGUGCAGAAGGACAAUGACUUUGGCGGCGCCAAGAACACCGCUCUGGCGGGUACCCUGACCUCGGUUCCCUACUCUUACUCUCUGGUCGGAUCCAGCAAGGUCAAGGCGGCUGUUGUUGGACAGGCCGGUCAGACUCUGAAGUUUUAG